CUUCUGGCCGGGGCGGGCGAGCGGCUCUGGGGCUCCGCGGGCUCCCAGCCCGGCAACCGACGCCCGGCAGGAGAGGCGCUCCCGCGGCCCGUUCCCCGCGGCCGAGCGCGGCGGCAGCAUGGAGGCCCUCGGGGAGAAGGCGGCCUCGGCGGCGCGGGGCCUGCUGCGUCUGCCGGGCGCGGAGGGGCGGCCGGGGUCCUGCGGCGGGCCGGGGGAGGCGGUUUGCUGGCCGCCCGUGGGCCGCGUCUCGGGCAGCGCCAUGGCGGACGAGGAGUCGGAGCGCGACAGCGUCCACACGGGCGAGUCGCACGAGGGGGCCGAGGAGCUGCACGUGGAGCUGGCCCAGCUCUCGACCGAGCAGCUGGUGGCCCUGGUGGAGGACAACAGCCAUACCAACUCCAUGCUCAAAAUUGAAACAGAAAUGUUUGAGAAAUUUUUCAGUAGAGUGGAGCCAAAAGACUUGGGAGCAGAAAGACAUGGUUCAUCGCUGGACUUGGGACAAGCACCGUAUCCGCGGAGCAGGCGCAAGUCGAAGUCCCGAAUCACAACGGAUCGUGUGAUAUGCCUGACAGUGGAACAGAAAUGUGACCUGGUGCAGCGGGAGUUAGAAGAGACCAAAGAAGAUCUGCAGCUGUUGAAGGAGAACUCAGAAAGGACCUUGCAGAAUUACCUGGCUAUCCUAGAGGAAGCAGAUAUUCGCUUGGUUGAAAUUAAGAGAGCUAUGAUAGAGUUUGACAAAGACAUAGUCAAAACCAUAACUAAGAAGAAAGGGAGCGUCAUUGCCUCUGAUAAGGUGCUGCGAUACCUGGAGGACUGGAUUCGCUCUAGGGAUGUUAUGAAAGAAAAAAUUCAUUUGAAAAAUGAUUCUCUAAAAGUUCAGAAGAAGAAGAUGCAGAUGCAACUCAAGCAGAAGGAGGAGCUGGGAGAGGCGCUGCACGAGGUCGAUUUCCAGCAGCUCAAGAUUGAGAAUGCUCAGUUCCUAGAGAAAAUAGAUGAACGAAACCAAGAGUUACUGCAGCUGAAGCUGACGGUUGGCAACACCCUGCAGAUCCUCAACUUCUACAAAAGGAAGCUGCACUAUGCAACGGCCAUGGCUACCUACCUGGUGAGAGACAUUGCGCAGAGAAAGGAGUCCCUGGAGAAAAUUGCACGUGAGGCCAUCCUUGUGGAAGAGGAACGGGUAAAGGCUGAGGUCCUGAACAAAAAACUACGGCGACAACUGGCAGAGUACAAAGUUCCUCCUGUUCUCAACUAUGUUCACGAGAAGGUGGCUGUUCACGAUCUAGAAAACAGCCUCAGGAUCUGGGAGAGGAAGGUGGAAAUUGUAGAGAUGGCCUUGCAAAGCUACCGCAAUGUUUGGCACAAGGCGAAGAUGGCCAGUCACCAGCUGCAGGCGCUUCUGCCCGAACAGGAGAGACAAAAAGCAACAGAGGGCCUAUAGAGAAAUAAGGAGAAGGAAGGCAGGAGGAAACUCGCAAGCCAUCUGCUGUGCUCGUCGCCGCAUUGUCCUGAUGCAGACCUUCAUCCUGAUGAUGCCCUCUCUCCGCCCCCUCCCCUCCCCCCACUCCCCCCGGGCCAGGCCAAGGCAGGUUUUGGAUAGGCACAAAGCCCCUGGAGGUCACCAAACGGGAGGCUUUCUCCAUGUUGCAUCAGACCUCAAGGCUUCGGUUUCUACCCCUGCAGACUGGCUUUUAUAGUGUGUUAGUAAACUGAUCUCUUUUAAGCUAUUAAUAGAUCACGAUAGACCUGCUUGACUACAGAGCUAUGAAGUUUAUUCAAAUCACUCAGCAAUAUGAGAAUGAAUAAAAGGAGUGGUAAUACA